UGGAAAACAUAAUUAGGGUUCGUGUCAAAGGAAUAAAAUCCUUAGAUAGCUGCCACUUCUACUCUUCUUUUAUCACGCGCCCUUCCCUCCAAAGGCAGCUAGGGUUUUCUGAGAUUCUCUUCACCCACAUGGCUCCCAAACGAGGUGUUAAGGCCCCAGCGUUGGCAAAGAAGAAACCUGAAAAGGUUGUCAACCCAUUGUUUGAGAAACGGCCAAAACAGUUUGGAAUUGGUGGUGCACUGCCCCCAAAGAAGGACUUGACUAGGUUUGUCAAGUGGCCUCAUGUUGUUCGUAUUCAGAGACAAAGGAGGAUUCUGAAGCAACGAUUGAAGGUUCCUCCUGCUGUUAACCAGUUCACAAAAACACUUGACAAGAACCUUGCCACACAACUAUUCAAAUUGUUUCUCAAAUAUAGACCAGAGGACAAGGCAGCUAAGAAGGAAAGGCUUCUUAAAAGGGCACAGGCUGAAGCUGAAGGGAAAACUGUGGAAUCAAAGAAACCCAUCGUUGUUAAGUAUGGUCUUAACCAUGUUACUUACCUCAUCGAGCAGAACAAGGCCCAAUUAGUGGUUAUUGCACAUGAUGUCGAUCCAAUUGAGCUUGUUGUUUGGUUGCCUGCCCUGUGCCGGAAAAUGGAGGUUCCUUAUGCAAUUGUGAAGGGCAAGUCACGACUUGGAGCGAUUGUUCACAAGAAAACAGCUGCAGCUUUGUGCCUUACAUCUGUGAAGAAUGAAGAUAAAUUGGAAUUUAGCAAGAUUUUGGAGGCAGUCAAGGCCAACUUCAAUGACAAGUUUGAUGAGCACCGGAAGAGGUGGGGUGGUGGCAUCAUGGGCUCCAAAUCCCAGGCUAAGACCAAAGCCAAGGAGAGGCUUCUAGCUAAGGAGGCGGCACAGAGAAUGUCUUGAGAUUCUAACGAGUAGUGAAGAGACUUAUACUAAAAAGGAUCCUGAGAUGAAUUUUGCAUGUUGAUUUUGAUUGUAUUAUGUAUUAGUUUUGCAUUGGAAUAGUUGAGAUAUUUGACCAUUUUCUCUUAUCAUGUCGUGGGAGAAUGAAUAUUUAUAGUCUACUCUCUAGCCUAUCAGAAAUGCAGAUACAAUGAGCUUUUUAAUUCA